AUAACAAACGAGGGGAGGAGAAUUCUGUUCCUGUUCAUGCGGUGAGUCGUCAUCUUUAUCAUGAACUUCCGUACGUCAUCAUCCUGUCACGGUUGGGAAGACUAGGUAUCCACUACCAUCUAUAACCAACGCACCCGACGACUGAGAAUGUCGGACUUGCCAUAUAUUUUGUCUGAAACCAUCUCCAGGAAAAGCUAUUUUCUUGGCUUAGAUUUCAGCACUCAACAGUUAAAAGCUGUGGUUGUUGAUGAGAAAUUGCAAGUUCUACAUGAAGCAGCCGUAAAUUUUGAUCGCAACCUACCUGAGUAUAGGACAAGUGGUGGGGUUAAGAAGAAUGGAUCAACUGUCACUGCCCCGACAGUUAUGUGGGUGAAAGCAUUGGAUUUGCUAAUGGACCAGCUGAAGAUUACUGGUCUAGACUUCCAAGAUAUCUCAGCAAUAUCAGGAUCUGGCCAACAACACGGCAGUGUAUAUUGGCGAAAGGGAGUUCAGAAUCUGUUGCCUAGUUUAGAUCCAAUGAAAUUCUUAUUUCUACAACUAGCCAACUGCUUCAGCGUCCAAGAUUCGCCAGUAUGGAUGGAUUCCAGUACACAUAGUUAUUGUGAAACAAUGGAGAAGAAACUUGGUGGUCCUCAGAAAUUGGCUGAUCUGACUGGUUCUAGAGCUUACGAGAGAUUCACGGGGCAUCAAAUCGCAAAAAUUGUAAGCGAAAAAGCAGAGCUUUAUUUCAACACGGAGAGAAUAUCCUUAGUCAGCAGUUUUGCUUGCUCAGUUUUUCUGGGAUACUACAGUCCUAUCGAUUGGUCCGAUGCUUCAGGAAUGAAUUUAUUCGAUAUUACUUUAAAAGAUUGGGAUUCACAGUGUUUGCACAUGUGUGCCCCUGAUUUGAAAGAGAAGUUAGGCGAACCAGUCGCUACUCAUACAUGUCUUGGACCAAUUUCCAAUUAUUUUGUUGAACGAUACAGCUUUGACCCAAGUUGCCAGGUCGUAGCCUUCACAGGCGAUAAUCCCGCGUCACUUGCUGGAAUGUGUUUGGAACCGGGCGAUGUUGCCAUAAGCCUGGGAACUAGUGACACGGUCUUCCUCUGGCUCAGUGGAAAACCUACGCCCUCAUUAGAGGGUCAUGUCUUUUGCAAUCCAGUUGAUCCCGAGGCCUAUAUGGCUUUAUUAUGUUUCAAAAACGGAUCGCUUACUCGCGAACGAAUUCGAGAUUUAUUCGCUCAUCGGUCAUGGGAUGAAUUUGAUGCUCUAUUAGCCUGCACGCCACCCGGAAAUCACGGUCACAUUGGCAUGUAUUACGACGAGCAAGAGAUCACACCAAAGAUCCAGGGUACAUUCCGCUUUAACGCAUCCGAUCAGAAAGUCAACGCCUUCGAAGAGGCGGCCACAGAAGUUCGCGCCCUUGUCGAAGGGCAACUGUUAGCUAAGCGAGUUCACUCCGAACAAUUGGGAUUUAACAUAGGUGAAAAUUGUCGAGUAUUCGUCACAGGUGGGGCGUCGAACAACAGGUCUAUUUUGCAAAUUUUGAGCGAUGUUUUUAAUGCUGACGUAUUCACUCAGGAUACGGCCAACUCCUCCUGUCUUGGCUCGGCCUACCGAGCAGCUCAUGGUUUGGCAGUGAAACAAUCCGGCACGUUCAUUCCAUUCAACGAGUUUAUGGCCGACCGUCGGCCAAACUUUACCCUUUUGUGUCGUCCAAGAAGCGAAGCAGCCAAGCUGUAUGACGCUAUGGCUGCUCGCUUUGCUACGUUGGAGUCUUCCAUUUUAACGCAUAAAUGAAAAAAAAAUGGCUAUAAUAUCAAUGCAAAGCAGGUGCCUUCCAAGAAGUUAAUGCUCUUUAACGUUGUUAUUGAAUUUACAAAGAACAAUUAUCCGCGCAGCUUUUAACGUACAAACUCGAAUAGAGAAGAGGCAUACUAAUUUAUGUUUACAAGAGCAAUAUUAUUUCCAAAUGUUGUUGUUGUGCUUAAAAUGAAAUCAAAACGACUGUCCAA